AUGGGUUCAACACAGUUUGGAAAUUUCCAUAACUUCUGCCGUGACUCGACGUUACCAGUCUGCAACCUAUUCAAUCCUCCCACCAACAGUAAUUUCGGAUACGGAGGCUGCGAGCUGACGGGUAUAUCGUUAGGCGGUGGGAAAUAUCUGGGAAAUCUGGGUUCGAUAUUAAUUGCAGGAAUUGCGAUUGUAAUCAGUGCAUUCUUAAUAUGGCGAUCCGACCGAAAACAAGCAGCAGUGGGAAGAAGGGAAAUGCAGCUCUUCCUCCUAGGUUAUAUAAUCAUCGAAAUAUGUGAAAUAUUUACUGUGGGCGAAUUUCCAUUGAGCGCAACUGUUCGGAUAGCCUUCACCGGUAUCCACCUCGGAAUGAUUAGCGCAACUUUAUGGAUCUUGAUGCUGAACGCUGUUGUGGGCUAUCAGAUAAUCGAUGAUGGGACAGCCAUGUCACUGGGCCUGAUGGUUGCUUCAGCAGCAGUCAUAUUCAUCGGAACUGGAUACAUUGCCCUCGAUACUGGAUACAGCUGGACCGGACAUUUCGACUCAAGUUUAACUGGUCAAGGCAAUGGCCAAAAUCGAAACAUUGCUCUCUAUGUCCUAUACCAACUCGCACCAUUGGUCUUUUUGUUUGUAUUUUUUGCCCUGGAAACAGUCUUGGUCAUCAAAGUUUUGGGCGAGCGUAAGCCCAUGAUCUUCUUAACGGGUGCUGCGGUUUUAUUUGCUCUUGGCCAAAUUUUCAAUUAUGUUAUUAGCCCUCACAUUUGCAACGGCACGAACGGAAAAAUUGAUGGAGCUCUUUUCGAGACGCUCUUCACCUUACUCUCUGUGGUAAUGGUAUGGACCUUUUGGUCGAGCAUCACAGAAGACGAUUGGCCAAUGCCAGUCACCAACACAUACUCAUGA